CCCAAGACACAACUCCAGCGCUUGUCCAAUCCGUUGAAGUCAAACCAAGCCAAGUGAAGCUGGACUACACAUAUUGCACAAUAUAUAAAUUUGCGGUUUUAUUAUAGUGAUUGGCUAGAAACAAUACAAUCCAGGAUGACGACUAAUUCGAGCAGCAAAUGGGGGGUCUUGAAGGUGUUCGCCCGUGUCGGCGACAAAUACACAAAGAUUCCGUUGAGUUGCUCUAAUUUUACGAUCGGCUCUGAUCCGAAGGCGAUUAUUAAAGUGUGCCGCGAUGAUGUCGAUCCCAUUCAUUGCAUCGUGCGGAUACAAAACAAUGGGCUUGCUACUCUUGUUAACAAAAGCAAGGAGAAUCCUGUACCCAUUAAUAAUGAAUCUGUAGCACCUGAGAUGUUUCUAUUGCCCAAUGAUACAUUUUCUGUAAUGGGGAAGAGGUUUAGGUAUGAAAAUUCAUCUCUUGAGCCAGAGAUUAUCAGAGAAGCAAAGCUGAAGAAUAUCGAGCGUUUAAAGAGAUUAAAACGAAUUACAGUGCUGGAACGUAACUUAUUAACACCCCAACCAGAAAAACCGAAAACUUUGAAGGCUCGUCGAUCAGCAAGUCUGGAUGCCAAGAGGACCCAAUCGCCGGAGGAUAAAGCCCGGAAAGCAUUAGCGGAUGAUGGUUGUAAUAUCCAAUGGUUAAAAACUUCGACACCACAAACUCCGCAUCCGACGAAAACUACUAGGUUGCGUUGUGUCGACGGAUUUACGGUUAGCACGCCGAGAAGUGCAAUCCGACCGAGUCUGCGCCACUCUGCAAUCUUCAAGAAUCUCUCUCAGAUGUCCUACGUCGAACCAGAAGGUUGUGAAAGUUCCUCGUCUACCGUUGAUCGAGAAGAGGCACUCAAAACGCCUGUGACGGAAAUGAUUACCAAGGAUGAUGAAGAUCUUUUAACUACGCCGUUAAACAACACUUCAGUGAUAACUGUUGAUUCACCAAUUGAGGAAGAUGUGACACCGCUGCGUAGUCGCAAAUCCAAAGCAAAGGAUAUAUCUAUCCAACGUCUCACUCAGAAUGAUGAGAGUGUUGUUGUUCUGGACACGCCUGAGUCGAAAACGCCUAAAACUGCACUGAAGACGCCAAUGAGCGUUCAUAAAACUAAUUUGCUUGUUGGAUAUUCCGCUAUUGAAAGUAACGUUGCAAGUGUCAUAGAUUCAUCAGCAGAUGAAUGCUCAGCGCCAGAAACUGAUUCUGAAAGCAAUGAGUUGCAACCAAGCAAAAGUCAAAUAGGUCUUUAUUGAGGAGCCUAAUUCAAGCGCCGGGAGUCCAAUCUCUUCUACUCCGGCAGGUAAUAAAUCUACGAAGAACUUAGAAGAGUCUUUCAAACAGACUAGCACAGAGGAUGUUGAUGAAGAAUCCAGUUCUGUGUUGGAUACGACCACAACUAGUGGGUCUGAUUUGGUAAUUGGCGGGAAACGCAAGCGACAUUCAAAUACUUCAACUGAGGAGGCUUCUAGAAAGCGAUUGAAAGUCGUUACA